AUUUGUUGCAAGUUUGAAAAGGAUGGCAUUUUGUGCUGUCAUAUUCUGAAAGUGAUGUUGCAUCUUGAGGUGGAUAAGAUACCAGACAAAUACAUAAUAGACAGAUGGAGAAAGGAAGGCAAGAAAAUGAAUAAACCCAAGGCGAUUCCACUGAAAUUAGAUAAUGAUCAACUAAGGUACAAUGUCCUAGGGAUGAAGCUAAUGGAGCUUGGCUCAAACGCAUCAAAGAGUCAACGGAAAUUUGAGCACCUACUAUCAGCAAUGGUCAGAAUUCAACAAGACUUGAUUGAUAUGGACAUGGAAGGAGAAGAUGAAGUGGAUGAGCAAGGAGAGCAAACAGAGGAGUGCAGCAAGUCCAACAGGACAAUAGGGACACUAACAGCUAUGGUACAGAGUGGGAACAGCAAUUCGACUGUUGAGCUACUGAAUCCUGACAAGGCUCACACAAAAGGUCGCCCACGAUUGAUGACAAUACAAGAACGCAUAAAAACCAAGACAUUCUACAAGUGCAGCCACUGUCAUGAUCCAACUCACACAAAAAGGAAAUGCACUAAUCUGGAUAAGGUGUACGAAUUCCCGAAAAAGAAGAGAUCGAGGAAAGCAAACCAGACAAAAACAGCUGAUGCAGGGCGAAACUAUUCUGGGAGUGGAAACAACAAAGAGACCAUCACCAGCAACUUACCUACCGAUAUGAAUAUUCAAGUGCAUCAAUGAAGUUGCUCCUGCUGUGCCACUCAAUCUCCCUCUGCUCGUACCCUGCGUGGAUGGAGAAAAGGAGUAGAGAAGACUAUUUAGAUUGGUGAUUGCAUGAACUUCGUGUAAAAAAAUAUUGAGAGAGAAAACAUGUCUACAUAUUCUGGAUUAGCUUAUUUGAACUGCAGAAUAAGCACAAAUGUGUGUAUUUUAGACUAAA